AUGCAAGAUGUUUGGUGUGCAAUUUAUGGCAUCGAAUCGAUUCUGAUAAUCAUCGCUAAUAUUGCAGCUAUUAUCAUUUUCUUGAAGAAGAAGUUCCUCAUUUCUAAAUCCUGCUACUUAUUAGUAAGYCUAACAGUUGCGGAUGUUCUCGUUGGUGUUUGUGCAUCUGUUACAGUGGUGGAGAUACGCUACGCCAAAAAUAACCUAUUCARCACCAGCUGCCAGGGAACUUUUCUGAACAAGAUCUCAAUGACUUUCACCAUGUUUACYGUUAUGGCUUCGUUAACAUCUCUGGCAAUGAUGGCUUUUGAAAGGGCGUUUGCAAUCAUUGCRCCAUUCCGUUUUCGACGGAUAUCCAGCAAGCAUUAUUUUCGCGCAAUAGCAUUCUCUUGGGCUGUAUCUCUCAUAUCGUUUCUACGGCUUUACACUUGUUCGAGUGAAAAAAUAAAUAAUUUCAUGAAACUUCAACUGAUGUUGGUAACGACGGUAUCAAUUUUGAUAAUCAUUAUUUCAUAUACUUCCAUUUUAAUCAAGAGAAUUGUUUUUCCUGAAAUUACUUCCAGUGUUGCCAUGAUGAAAAACUUACGAUUAUCCAAAACACUGAUGAUAACAACCUUGGUGGCACUUGUUACAUGGGUGCCAUCUUAUACCAUUCUAAGYAUAGUGAUUGACGUCAACAUAGGCCUUUUAAUGAAAAUGGUAAUAUGCAUCAACUCCUUUGUAAAUCUAUUAGUUUACACAAUACGCAUGUCACAGUUUCGUCGCGAAUUAUACAAGAUGAUUGGAUGCUUGUCUGAAAAUACAGUUCACAUUCAAUCGACGAUAAAGAACUUGACUCCAGCUUCCAGCAACCAAUGCUAUGCGGUAAAUUCAGUUAUCUUCGCCGAAGCAGUCCAAGUAAGAGCGUAACUACCUUUAAUUAAAGUGGAUCAAUAGUUGAAAACUUCUGAACUGGGUUACAUAAUGUGGCUCAUAGCUUUACCUCUUUUGAAGGAAUUGGUGCUAAACAUUACACCUGAGUGUCCUUCUCGUGCCUCGUGAUAUCUAGGCAUCUUUAUCUUGUUACAUGUAAACGUAAACAACAGUUAUCAACAUCUUAUGCUGAUGUGGUACUUAGCUAACCGAUCGGAUCUAACCAAUGAAAAUCCCUUUUGUCUGUUGUGCUUGAGAUUCGUUAACUUAGCGUGAAUAGAAUUGAAAAGCAAUUGUUUAAGAUACCCUUAGGAAUUCAGUAAUAAUGUUUGGAAUUGUUUUUGCUUGAAAUCCUCCUCAAUCAUGUUAUAAGUAGGAAAUCGUCAAUAUAGAUCUCCGAAGCUUUUAAUGACAAAAAACAUUAAUUUCUCCAGAAUCUGAUCCCGCGAUGCAUUGCAAGCUAAGUAGGUGAAGUGUACAAGACGUUCAGUAGUCUAUAAUCCUACUAUAAAGCUCUCGGGGGCAACGGAAGUACAUAACUAGAAUUGUUCAGCUCUAUCAUAAUGCCGACUACAUUAGAUGUUCAUAGCCAUCAAGAAAGGAGAAGCCGUCAAUUUUUAAAUAUCAGGAACAAUGACUUAGGAAUUGAGAAUGGCUUAUUUGGU